GGGGAAUUUACACGACCAGCUAAGUGCUUGGAUGCUCGGGAAAAUUUUCCUUCUUUUUGCAGGUCUUACUGGUGGAGCGAGAAAUUUUAACCCCUUGAAGUUUUUGUAUUGGGGUAUACACCAGCUGAAAACAUCCGAUGAGAAUUCUUGGGGUCUGUGGGAUGGUGCGGGUAUGGGUGCUAUGUGGAAAAGUACGGAGUGCGUCACCCAAAUCCACGGUUUUCUAGUAGGUACAUGGUAUACCGCGAGGAACCGCGAGCCGCCGAGUAGUGAUAGGGACAAGUUGAUAUCUAAUAUGGUACGAUGAACCAAUCUCAAGCCUCGUAUUUAGCGUAACAAUUGUAUUAAUCAGUCAGCU